AUGCAGUCCAACUUCAACUACGAACAAUACUCUCCCUCUCCCUCAUAUCCAUCUUCACCGGUAGAUUACUACUUCUAUGGAGCUCCUCAAAUCUACGACCGGAUAUACGAUAUCGACACAUGCAGUCCUUUUUCCAGUGGCAAGGCAGAAGUUACUCCAGAUGCAUACUCCUUCACCAGCUCGCCUUACUUCUAUUCUCCUGUGAACGACUACUCCACCUACUACGAUGCUCAAGCCAUGACAACCAGUGUUGCCAGCCCAGCUAGUAGUACCUGUGGAAGUACCUGCGGCAACAGCUGGAAUAUGCUUGAGGAAAUCCCAAUGCCCAGCUUCCCGAUACCCAUGGCAAUAGGCGAUGAUUCGUGUCCAGACUCUCCACCAGCAACAUCCAAACCAGCUAAACCAUUUGGUUGCGAUCAAUGUGGAAAGUCAUUUACUCGCUUCGCCGAUUUGAAGCGUCACCAAUCUAGUGUGCACUACCCUGUCUUCCGCAAUUGCCCUGUUGGGAACUGCUCCCGCAAGGGAAGCAAUGGCUUUCCGCGCCAAGAUCACCUGGUCGAGCAUCUUCGCUCAUACCACCAUCUGGAUGUGCCGAAGCGACGGGCUUUGAAGAAACGCUCCGCCAAACACAUCUCAUGA